AGCAAAUGCAAAAUCCAGCUUCAGCUCUCUCUUAUCUCUAAACUCAGUUAUGGCACCUAAACCUUCUCCCAUGUUCUCAUUCAUUCUUCUCUGUGUCUUUCUCUUUCUCUUCCUUCUUCCUAUCUCAUCUCAUGAGACAUUGUCACCUUCACCAAAUGGUGAAAAGCCCUCACCAUUUGGGUUCAUCAAGGAUCUACAGGGAUGCAACAAGAGAGACAAAGUAAAAGGCAUUCAUAAGCUCAAGAAGUAUCUUGAACAGUUUGGAUAUUUGAGCUAUAAUAGCCAUUCCAAAAACCAAAUCCGCACUGAUGAUGAUGACUACUUCGAUGAUCUCUUAGAGUCCGCCAUCAAAUCCUACCAGACCAAUUACCAUCUCAAGGCCACUGGAAACUUGGAUUCUGAAACAGUGUCAGAGAUGAUGAGGUCGCGCUGUGGGGUUGCGGAUAUCGUGAAUGGGACAAGCUGGAUGCAGUCCUCAAAGAAAAGGCACGAUCAAGGCCUUGGCUCACUCCACACAGUCUCCCGCUACCAAUUCUUCCCAGGAUCGCCAAGAUGGCCAACUUCCAAUUCUGCCCACCUCACCUACGCAUUUCUCCCAGGCACCCCAGAUGAGGCCAAGAUCCCUGUGUCUCGGGCAUUUGGCAAAUGGGCUUCUGCAACAAGCUUCACAUUUGCGCAGACUGAAGACCACAGAAACGCCAACCUGACAAUUAGUUUUCAUAGGCUUUCUCACGGAGACUGGAGCCCAUUUGAUGGCCCUGGUGGAACCAUAGCUCAUGCUUACGCCCCGACUGAUGGAAGGUUUCAUUAUGACGCGGAUGAAGAAUGGUCGGUAGGUGCAGUUCCUGGUGCAUUGGACGUGGAGACUGUUGCCUUGCAUGAAAUAGGUCAUCUUCUUGGACUUGGUCAUAGUUCUGUUCGGGAGGCUAUCAUGUUUCCUUCCAUUUCUACUGGAGUGACCAAGGGUUUGCAUAGGGAUGACAUUGAAGGAAUUAGAGCCUUAUACAACGCUUAAUAACAUAACAUGGAACCGGAAGCUUCAGUUAUAUAUAUGAUAUAAUAAUAUUGAAAUCUACAUAUUAAUAUAGUAUAUAUGCAGUGUGUACUCCAUGUACAAAUUAAAUAAGCGCCAUGCAUGGUGCUCUCUCAGAAAUGCUGAUCAUGUUGAAGGUCUCCUCAUAAUCCCACAACGAAUCUGCAAAUUUGCUAGAGAGGUGAUCCCUAAAUGAAGAAGGCUACAAAAUUGGGAAAAAAAAAAUUUGUUACCUUUCAUGGCUUGACUGUGUGCGGCAAUGAUGUCUACAAGUUGAGAAUAUAUGCAAGGCCAAAUCCUGGUCUUUCCAUUAGAUAAACUAUACUCUUUCUAUC